ACAUCUAGCAUAUCAUCUCCCGUUGAGUAGUUGGAUUGCAACAGAGCUCAGGAGGAGCAGGGCGCAUGCAGACCAUCAGGCUGUGCAUUCUUUGCCGGGGACUAAUUUUCAGUCCUCCACUUGGGUCUGGGUAAACAGCACCGCCCCGAUGGUUGUUUGUUUUAAGUGUGGAGCGAUCCAUCGCAGAGCGCCGGGCUCGAUUGACACUGUCUGCUGAUCUGCUACUGCGGAUUGCUCAGAAUAACAAGGCUGCUCGCUAAUUCCAGUCUAUCGGAGCUUUCGCCGAAACGCCGAGAGUAGGGUCCAAAAAAAAAAGCCAACAAGGCAGGCAAGAACGCCGCGCCGCCGGAGUCCGCACCCCAGAAUGGCUUCAGGAGACCUUUACGAGGUGGAGCGGAUCGUGGACAAGAGGCGGAAUAAGAAGGGUAAGUGGGAGUACCUGAUAAGGUGGAAAGGUUACGGAAGUAAGGAGGACACAUGGGAGCCGGAGCACCACCUACUGCACUGUGAGGAAUUCAUUGACCAGUUUAACAGCUUGAGACUGCACUCACACAAACGGCCUAAAGUUCCAAAAAGUCGUCAAGAGCCCCUCAUAACCAGCCACCCAUCUGCUGCUGAAAACUCUAGAGCUCGGUCUGAGAUGCGAAAGAAGAAGAGGACUUGUGGCCCAGCUGUUGGGGUUACAGUAGGAACUGUCCUAGGAAUUGGAAGUGGGGCGUCAGGACCCACUCAGAAGCAGAGGAAGGUGGGUGUAGGACCUGGAAAACAUGCUUUAGGAAUUAGUAAAGCCAUGACCUAUAAGGCUCCUCCACCAGUGGGGCCUCACUUUAUUCCUCCAGUGAGGGUUCCUCAUAAUGGACUACAAAAUGGAGAAAUGGAGCCUCUUGUGUACAGGACAGCACCAAGGUCACAUAGACUGCCUUUGGACAGAGGGGAUGGAGAACUAGGAGAUAUGGAUCCCACUGGACAGCAGUUCACCACUGAGAUAGGCUCUCCUCUGGGAAAUGGUAAGAUGCCUCUACACAGUUCAGUAAAGCGGAAGUUGGCUGAUGAGAAAGGCUACGUGUUUGACAAGCGGCUCAGGUACAACGUGCGACAGAACGAGAGCAACUGUCGAUUCCGAGACAUCGUUGUCAGGAAGGAGGAAGGCUUCACGCACGUGCUGCUCUCCAGCCAAACGACAGACAACAACGCUCUGACACCAGAGAUCAUGAAAGAAGUGUGUCGAGCUCUGGGUAACGCAGCUGCUGAUGACAGCAAAUUAUUACUGCUCAGCUCCGUGGGGACUGUCUUCUGCAGUGGCCUGGAGCCGUCGUACCUGAUAGGGCGUUUGUCCACUGACCGAAGAAAAGAGAGCAGCCGCAUCGCAGAUGCCGUACGGGACUUUGUGUUGGCGUUCAUCCACUUCAAGAAACCCAUCGUGGUGGCAAUAAAUGGACCUGCUCUGGGAUUAGGGGCCUCCAUCCUGCCCCUGUGUGACGUGGUGUGGGCUAGUGAGAGGGCCUGGUUCCAAACUCCAUGUGCAGCUCUCCACCUUACCCCCUCCGGAUGUUCCUCUUACACCUUCCCCCAGAUUCUUGGUGUAGCUCUGGCCAACGAGAUGCUGUUCUGUGGAAGAAAACUCACAGCACAAGAAGCAUGCAGCCGAGGUCUGGUGUCACAGGUCUUCUGGCCAACCACAUUUAACCAAGAAGUGAUGCUGCGUGUGAAGGAAAUGGCAUCAUGCAAUGCUGUGGUUUUAGAAGAAUCCAAAUGCCUGGUGAGGAGUAUCAUCAUGUCAGUCCUGGAGGAGGUCAAUGAGAAAGAGUGUCAGAUGUUGAAGCAGCUGUGGUGUUCAACCAAAGGACUAGAGGCACUCUUCAGUUACCUGCACAACAAGUCAUAUGAGAAGUGAUCAAAGGUUUUCUACAGAGGGACAGCCAAACUGAAGGAAAGGUCUCAUUGAGAGUCUUUGGAGUUCUGUUUGCUCGCCUGUGUACCAACAGUUCCUUCAUGAUCAUUUUUUGUAAACCACCUUGUAUCUGUCCGUGUAUACUCAAAGAGCAAAGAGCCAAAUGUGCAUUUUUUGAAUAAACACUGAAGGAGGUUCUUCAGGGAGGUACAGAGUAUUUCUGUGCAUAUGCGAGACCUAUGUGUUUGUGAAAUCAUCAGGAUGAAUGAAAUGUGUGUCUGAUAGCACAUGAUGAUUUGACAGUAAUAUAUAUUAAUAUAUAUUUAUUUCAAGUGUUUUAAAAAGAGUUGCUUUCUGUAUAUGAGAUGCAUUUUUUCAGGAUUUGCUUUGGAUACUUAUUUUUGAGUUGAAGUGUAAACCAAAGUUUGCAUGAGGUCAUUGCUCCUUACAUGCACAUUCCAUCCACUCUGUAUAGACGAACACUCGUAUAUGCUCAUACAUGUCAGUGGGUCAGAUUCAGUGACCGUUUUUGAGUUAUUAUAAAAGAUCAUGAAAAACUCAACGAAGGUUGUUGGGCUUUUUUCCUUUCACACUGAGUUCAUUUUUCAUACUGUAAAUGUUUUAAUUACACAGAACGGACAUCUUGUUUUCCACUAACUUCAUCAUCAUUAUCAUAAUUACCGAAAAUGGGUAUUCGUUAGAUGAAACUAAGAUUAAUGCUCAUGUGUUAAUGAGACUGUUGUGAUGGUGCAUAAGUACAUGAAAUAGCAUCCUCAUACUGGCAGCAUCCAUCUGUCUUUGUCUUUUUCACCUGGAAUAAAACAGAUAUGACAAGAGUUUAACUUUUAUUCAUACAAAUAAAAUCUAAUUGAGGUCAGAAUUUUUACAGAAA